AUGCCAGCAGAGAAAAAUGAAGGUGUGGUGGCAUCGCCGCCAUCUCUCAGGUCAUUUCUACGAAGCCCCUGGGCUGCGUUAUGUCUGGUAAUGUUUUUAUUUGUCAUUUACAAGUCCAUUUCGUCUUAUGAACAGCAUCAGUUGAUCCGUGAUUUCCAAGGGGCGUACCACCAGGGCUCGAAUUCCUGGCUCUGGGACUCCAAGAUGGACUCCAAAGACAAAAUAUUGUUCCCACAAACUUUUCCCAACGAUGAUUUGGCACAGUAUAUCCAGAAACACAAGUUAUAUCCAAUGGACCGAUUACAGUCUACAACGUUAAUCAAGUACUCGCCGGUAGGAAGUACCGCUGAAAGGCUCAGUAAGCCGUUAAAAGCAUCACAUUUUGAGCCCUAUGAUAUCGAUUUAUUUCACAGUUCCUCCAAUAUUAAGCUCGAUCUUCAAAAAUGUGAAACCAAACUUCGUGAAAAAAUCCUGGUUGCCGUCGACAAACCAAAGGGAAUCAACGUCUCACUCCGGACAAUUCUCACACAACUUUUGAAGGAUUUGGAGCAUAAUUCAUAUUUUCAGGAAUUAUCGCCUUUCUUCAUUGAAGAGUUGGCGCUUCAGAUCAAAUAUAAUGUCGUUGAACACUACUGGUAUCGAUUAGCGGGGUCUUCUGUGUACUUGGAGGACUAUGGGGUACACUUCAUGAUUUCCAGAGUGCUCUACAGUCCCAAAGGUGCCCGUAACCAACCCAUUAUUUCCCUAACCUAUGCCCAGCUUUUCGACGAAAACUGGAACGAACUCACAAAUACCAAAUUAGUCGUACCCACCAACGAGAACGACUUCACCGUGAUGAAGUUUCCAUCGUUUUUGCCCAUUCCUUUCUGGUUUGACGUCGACAACACGGAGGGCAAGUUUUAUGGUCCCGAAGAUCCACGUAUUUUACUCGUGAGAAACCCCAAAGGCUACGAAGAACCAUUGGUCAUUUUUAACGCUUACCAUAGAAAAAUGACCCAUUUCGAUGACGACGCCGAUGACCAUUUGGUAUUGAAACCUAGCUAUUACCGUUCCAUGUUCAUGUGCUGGCCAUGGCAGACACAAGUGGGAAAAGAGAACACCGAUGGUUUGGCCGCCGAAGAGUUUAAAAACAGUGUCUACAGCAGAGUUGUUGAGCUACAAAUCAAGAACGUUGAACGUCGUAGCAAGCAGAAAAAUUGGACUCCUUUCGUUAGCAACGCUGAUCGUGCGGUCCAUGGCCAUGAUACCCAUGUCAAUUUCAUUUAUCGCUGGGCCAAUCUUGAAGUGCUCAAGUGUGAUAUGUCGACAGGCGAAUGUGGAUUUACUUACAGAUUGAACAAUCGCUUGUCAACUUCUGCAAGAGUAGGACCUUUGAGAGGAGGAACCCAGUUGAUAAAUAUCAAUGGACUCAUUGAAACCCACACUCACGCUGAAACCAAGUCGAUAAUACCCCCUAAUAGAGAAAUCUGGUUGGGGUUUGCGCGUGCUCAUUUGGACAAGUGUGGUUGUGGUAAUGUCAUGUACAGACCAAACUUGGUGAUACUCGUGAAAGAUGUGGUUGGUGAUAAGCAAAUGUUCCGCUUGAGUCAUGUCAGCUCUUCAAUCUCGUUUGAUAUACCCAUGAUUGGUUGGAACUUGAACAAUCCGAAGGACUUGUGCCAUGGUACGAACGUAUUAAUCCCCAAUGGAAUCUCAAGUUGGGUAAUGUCUCUGGUAGGUGAAGAAAAUGGACAAUUUACAGCAGACGAUGAUCUCACCCUAUCCUUAUCCAUUUCUGAUUUUACUGUGCACAAGAUCAACGUAAAGGGCUUAUUAAACCUGAUCUUUGCUAUGGAUCAUGACAGUUUGUUCUUCAAACCAGGUGAAGCAGAUAAGUCUAGUCCGGACUUGAAAAGGUUGCUUCUCCCAAAUCAAAAAAUCGUCAACGAUCCACAUAAAGUCAACUCUCAAUGGCUUGUUGGUUUCAACAAUGAUAAUGUAGCAUGUGCUAUGUUUGGAUCCUCAGAAUACUGUGCUGCUUACGGAUUGGAACAAGAGAGAUUGUACUACUCCACCUUUGGACAUGAGUACGAAUUUGAAGACGACGAGUUCCUCGAGCAGCAAGAUGCUUCUUCGGUAGACAAGUAUGAGCACGAAUUGGGUAUGCAUCAUGACGAUAGAAUCAACCAGGUUGAAACCGGACCUCCAUUGCGUCAAGGUAUUCCUGCCAAUGACGCCAGUGGAAGCCAUGGUUCCAGUCACGUUCCUAAUCGGGUAAAUCCUGGUUUAAUCAAUGAGUACGGAAAGGUUGAUCCUGAAAAAAUGGGAAGCAUGUUCAACGGCACUAUUUUCGGCGAAGACGAUAAAAAGUUCGACGAUUUGGCAGAAGCUGAUGCUAGCUCACACCGCAAUUCUUCCAAGUCCUAUGGUCAUACAAAGAAACUUCUGAAGCCGAAAACGGGAAUAGAGAAGAAGCCUGGCACCAAGAAGGUUGCGGAUGAAAAAAAGUCCGCACCCAAAGUUGAGAAUACAAAGGAUCAAAAGAUGAAGGGUAGCCUUCCAGAAGAAAACACUUCAGAGUCUGGACCAACAGUGAAGGGUAAACCGAUCAAAGGCACCAAUUCUGAACUGCAAAAGAAAGCAGCUCCAAAAAUAGCGCCGAAGAAAGUUAACGAAGAAACGAAAAAGAAAGUGCUGAAAGAAAAUUCAAAGGAAAUAAAGGAAGAUAAAGAAACAAAGGAGAGCACGAAAAAGAGCACAAAAGGUAGUUUAAAAGCUGGAGCGAAGGCUUCGAACCAACGGGCCAAGAAACCCAAAGUUAAGGAAGAAAUGGAAGCUUAG